GAAAGGUGACUAUUGUACUGGCAUAUGCAAUAAAAAAGUGCUUGGUGUACUUAAAUGUGUGCAACAGGCUUGUGGGUCUUCUUCUCAAAGAGGCAGUCAACCUUUGGAUUCCCCGUAGCUAGUUUUGGACAAUCAUCACACAAGUCUCGCUACAGUACCAGCCUCCUCAGCAGUAAGGAUGGGAGUGAUGUGGACCAGCGCUCUCGCUCACCUCGUCCUCUUGAUCUUCAGGGCAGAAGCUUUGGAAGUGGCAUCGAACCCUCCAGUGGACGGUGGGGGCUUCAUUCAGACUAGGCUGGACCAGAUCGUGGGCCUUGAAUGCCGGACGGCCGCUGCAGACGGGAAGGCUGAGUUGCAGUGGUUCCGUAACGGGAUGCCGGUGGCCCUGCAGGAGGGGAACUACAUCAGCGAGAGCCACCUGUGUAUCCAGCCGGUGACCCGGGAGGACAAUGGUGCCAUCUUCCGGUGCCAGGUGAAGAACAACGCUGCCCUCAACGGCUCUUUGCAGCUGGAGGUGACCUAUGCCCCUGAACUCUCAGGCAAAGAGGAGCUGUCCGUGGAGGAGGAGAGCAGCCUGACCCUCUCCUGUGACUCUCGUGCCAACCCCCCUGUGACCAUGGUGUGGAGCCGUGAUGGGCAGGCGCUUGACCUGUCUGAGGGGCGCUUCACCGCCACCAACGACGGGGUCACGGCACGCCUCAGUGUGCGCAGUGUGGAGCGCGAGCUCCACCAGGGCGAGUACACCUGCACGGCCACCUCACCUGUGGAGCCCCAGAAAACCAAGAGCUUCCAGAUCACUGUAACUGAUAAGACCAUUAAGUUUCCCCGGGACCCAAUGAUUGCUGGGAUAGUUGUGGUUGUCUGCACCGCCAUUCUUGCACUCCUUGCACGAUGGGAAAGGAUUGCCAAGUGCUGCAAGUGAGUGGGGGUUGGCCAGGAUCAGCAGGAAUGAAAAAGAGCACUCCUGAUGACUACUGUAGCUCCAACAGCAUAUGAAAAUAAAGUUCCCUGACUUAUAAAAAAAAAAAA